AUGGACAUGUAUAAAAACUUAGCGACCGUGCUUGCAUCGACCAUCCUUACUUCUUCACCCAUGACAUAUACGCUCAUGAUGCAAAUGCAAGACGAGAAAUCCCUACAAGGGCAGUCGCCGGGCGCGAGCGGGAUGUCCAUGGUGUUCUUCAGCUCGCAAGCGACGCCUCUCUUCUCGCGGGCUUGGACGCCAUCUACCCCCGAGGCUUACGCCGGCACUUGCAUCUUCAUUUUCCUGCUUACUAUCACCCAGUACCUCCUCCUCGCCCUCCGGAACGCCUAUUUUGAGGAUUUUGAGAGGCAGACAACCGCCACAUUUGCGAAUGCCUUCCAGGAACGCGGAACCAAGCCGGCCGACCCUGCCAAGGACGAGGACGAAAGGCCAUGCCUGAGUCAUCAUGGAACUGACACGCACAGCCUUCUGCCAUCGCGCACUUCUGCGGCGGAGAAGCAUCGGCGCAAAUCUCAAAUGACGAUUGCCACGGCACGCGCUGCUUGCGAGGUUGUCAUUAGCGCAGCAGGCUACUUGGUGCAACGCCGGCGUAAAGUAGAGAGUGGCGCCGAGAGA